AUGUCUGUGCUGCUGCUCACUACUGUGCUCAUCGUCUUUACCAUCUGGCACUUCAAAAUAUUUGAUGAUCUGAAGACUGAUUACAAGAAUCCUAUAGACCAGUGUAAUACCAUGAAUCCUCUUCUGCUUCCACAGUACCUUGUCCACACCUUCUGUGUCAUGUUUCUCUGUGCAGCAGAGUGGCUUACACUGUGCCUCAAUAUGCCUCUUUUGGCAUAUGGUAUUUGGAGGUAUAUGAGUAGACCCGUUGUCAGCAGCCCUGGACUCUAUGACCCGAUGACCAUCAUGAAUGCAAACAUUCUAAUCCACUGA